UAAGUAUAAAAAGCGCAUCACGCACCAUUUCAAAUCAUUUGCUUGACACAACACAACGCAUUAUGAAUCGGCUCGUCUUUCGCUUUUUCUUUGUGACUUUGGCAUUGAUUUUGUUAAUCGAUGGUGGAUCAGCACGACACAAAUCGAAAAAACACAGUUUGAGGCGGCACAAGCGUGAAACGGAGCCAACGGCACAACCAACUGUCCCAAUCGAUGUAAAUCAGAGCACAGUGAAGAUUCUGGAACUGUUGGACCACAUCGUCACCGUGUCCACCAACCCAGCCAGGCAAACGGCCCUUGAAGCUCUUGACCACAUUCUCAACGCAAUUUCCGCUAGCCCGAACAAUCCAGCGGCCGGCUCACUUUUGCAUGCCCUCCAGCAAAUUCUUCCACCGUUUCCCAACAGAACAUUCACAGCAAGAGAACCGUUUGUUCCAGGUGCACCACCUGUUCCAAGCAUCAGUCAAAACACGCACUUGGAAGUUCCACGGAUGAACGAAAAUGAAAACGCGCAAUUGGAGGAAAUCACCCAGACUGUUCAUUCAAUGUCCCAGCAAUCUUCCAAAGUUAAUCAGGAAACUGCAGUUUCUGCAGCACCGGUCAGAGUUGAAUCCACGACUCCGGAUGCAAAAUUAGCACAACCUGAAUUGCAAACUGAGAUUCCUAAACUUGAAGCGACCAAUGACAUUCAAAAUUUUAAAAGUACGGACAGUUUGAAAUCAGAUAAAUCUACAUACCUCAUCACUUCUGACGGAGAAGUUCUCGAUUUAUCCCAUUUGCCACUUUCUGAUAUUAUAAGCCUGCCUUCUGAAGCAGAAUCCAAGCCUAUUCCUCAAGUUCUAAUUCCUGAAGCAACCAUUGCUGAACACAAAUCUGUAGAAGAUUCAGCAGUGGUGGACGAUUUUGAAUCAACCUCUGAAAUACCUGUUGUCCAAAUUGAAUCUUUGGAAAAACUUCAAGCAGGUAUUCCAACCACUAAAGUUAUCAACCCUGUCACUACAGUGCCUGAAACGACUCCUGCAAAAGACAAUAUCAAAACUGAAGAGAUUCCUGCUGCAAUUCAGGAAAUUGUAAGACCUGUUUUAUCAGUCUCUGAGACAAAUCUGCCCAAAAAUCUGCCAAUUUCUAAAACGAGUAACGCAGACAGCUUUAAAAAUCUAUCUGACUCAAAAUUGGAAACAUCAUCUAUUGCUAAGAGCGCAAGUCCUAAAAUAAGAAUUUCUCUCAAAAUGCCUAAAAAAUCAAAGAAUGAUCCUGAAGAUCCUUCCAGCGCUAAUGUCUUGAAAAUUAACAAAAAACCUAAUUUAUCACCUGAUCAACUUGAUGAGCUGCACUUUGCAUUAAAGAAUGCUCUUACGGAUGCAAAACCCAGAGCUGGUGGCAAUGUGGGCGAAGAAAGUUUCUCUUCUACUUUGUUGAAACUGUUAGCUAAGGCUUACAAUUCCAAUGUCACGCCAAGAAUUGGUGUGCCAGAAAUAAUGCAUACACAUGAUCCAACCACUGGGGAGAAUUCUGAGAGACCGAGAAAGGAGAUAAUUAAACCUAAGAGUGGGAGAAUUGGAGCUGACGUUGGAAGCGCCUACGCUGCUGCUGAUAUCAAUAAGUCGACCGAAACAGCAAAUGCAGCCACGCAAAACUUCCAUCCGUAUGCCAUGCCCAUCGCGUACAACCCUGCAAUGGCCAGAAUCUCAGGUCAAAAUCUCAAGACGCCGGUUCCAUGGAAAAACAGAGCCAUAAAAGCAACAUCGCAUGAGGACUCAAACGUUGGAUAUAUGAGUGAAGCGCCUCAAAUUAUUAUCAAUAAUAAUUUUAAAAAUCCUUGGAGUUUGACAUUCCGGCCUUUGCCAAAAGAGUAAUGAAUAGGAAUAAAUGAAUAAUUUUUUUAGUUUUUUAAAUAUUUGAGACAUUUAAUCAAUUAUUUAAAAUAAAUUGACUCUUAAAAAUAGAAAAAAAUUUAGUGCAUUUUUUGAAAUAAUUUUUAAAUAAUAAAAUCAUUUUAAUCUUCUCACAAUAUUUAAUGUGGUUAAAUAGAUUUAUUAAAGCAUAAAUCUAUUUUAUUUUGCAUUAAAUUUUGAUAAAAAAAAUUUUGACCCUAAAAAGUUAUAAAUUUA